CACGUUGCUCGCUCGCUGAUCUCGCGAGAAUUUUAGAGAUCCUAAAAUUCCGUGACUGGACUGAGUGGAUUUCCACAGCUGUUUUGAAAGUAUGCCCUGUGAAGUGAAGCUUCGUUUUGUGGUUCUCUACGGAUCUCAGAAGGGCCAAGCUGAGUCCCUCGCUGAAGGAAUAGCUGAGGUGGCAGAGGAGCAUGGACUGGUUGCCGAGCUCAGUUGCUUGAACCACAAUGAGAAGUACAAUUUGGAGAAGGAGACUGCCCCAGUGGUCUUUAUUGUGUCUACUACUGGAGAUGGGGAACCACCAGACAAUGCCCUUCAAUUUGUAAAGUGCAUCAAGAAGAAGACCCUCUGCACUGACCACUAUAAACACCUUUGCUAUGCACUUUUAGCUUUAGGAGACACAAAUUAUGCAAAUUUCUGCAACUGUGGGAAAACAAUUGAGCGUCGUCUACAGGAACUUGGAGCAAAAGAAUUUUAUGCAACAGGAUAUGCAGAUGAUGGUGUAGGGCUGGAGGUGGUUGUUGACCCCUGGAUUGAGGGAUUGUGGAAAGCAAUCAAAGGAGCCUUAUCAAAAAUGGCUUCUGACAAGGCUGACGUAUUGCAAGGAGAAGCAGGGGAAUCACCAAAGGGAACUCCUGAUUCAUCCAUACCACAUGUCCAACUGAACCUCUUGAGAAUAACUGAUCACCAGAACUGCGAGUCGAUCAAAACGUCUCCAGAAACGGUCUCCAGAUGUGCAACUGCUGCUUCAUCUUCUGCAACACAGACUGCUGUUUCUGAUCUCAGCCCAGCUUUCCCUGCAGUGAGCUCUUUGUUGGCAUCGCAGUCUUGUGGUACUGCCAGUGUUUCCACAUCAGCACUGAAGACACAGACCGGGAAUGCUGGAUUUCCCCAGGUGUCUUUGGCAGCCUCACUGACAUGCUCCCUCCCGCCGCUGUCGCAGUCGCCUCUUAAUGUUCCUGCUCUUCCUCCUGCCUACCUUGAUGUCUCUCUUCAGGAGGUAGACUCAGUGGAACAGAUUGUUGGCUUGUUAAACAAAGAGCUCCAUGUGGCUCCCAUAUCCAGGGCAGUUCAGCUGACCAGGGGGGAUUCAGUCAAGGUGGCUGUUCUCUUGGAGCUGGACAUGUCUGCUCACCCGAUGGGGACCUAUCAUCCAGGGGAUUCGUUUGAUGUGUUCUGCCCAAACGAAGCCACUGAGGUGGAGGACGUGCUCCACCGAUUGGGCCUUCAAGACCAGAGGAACCACCAAGUACACAUUUCUCUUCUUAAAGACACCAAGAAAAAAGGUGCCCAGGUGCCAUCCUACAUGUCCCAUAACAUUUCCCUGGUGUACCUGCUCACGCGGUGUCUUGAGAUCAGAAGUGUGCCUAAGAAGGCGUUUGUGCGAGCGCUGGUGGAGCAUACGGCUGACGGCGUGCAGAAGAGGAGACUGCAGGAGCUCUGCAGCAGACAAGGCAGCGCGGACUACAACCUGUACGUGAGAGACUCCGGCCUCAGCGUCUUGGAGCUUCUCGCAGCCUUCCCAUCCUGCUCGCCUCCUCUCAGCCUCCUCAUAGAGCAUUUGCCGAAACUGCAACCCAGGCCUUAUUCAGCAGCCAGCUCCUGUCUUAGGCACCCAGGAAAGCUGCAUUUCGUCUUCAACGUGGUGGAGUUCCCAGCAUGCUCUGGGCGGCCUGCGGGGAGGCGAGGCUUGUGUACCGGUUGGUUGUUUGACCUCAUCAAUCCUGUGCUGGUUUUCCUUGAGAAGGAUGAAUCCUCCAGCAGCCCUGCUCUGCCAAAGAUCCAUGUGAGUUUGAGACCCAACUGCUCCUUCCGGCCUCCCGCUGACCCGUCGGCGCCCUUCAUUAUGGUCGGACCGGGGACAGGAGUUGCCCCCUUCAUUGGCUUCCUCCAGCAAAGAGAGCAGGAGAGAAGAGAAAAGCCUGAGGCCAUAUUUGGCGAGACCUGGCUGUUCUUUGGUUGUCGCCACAGAGACGUGGACUACCUUUUCAGAGAGGAGCUGGAGGGCUUUGUGACCAGCGGUACACUGAGCCAACUCAAGGUGUGUUUCUCCAGAGAUGAGCUGGAGGAGGAGGACGAGGUGGAGGCCACCACCUCAGCAGCAGCACGACCCAGAUAUGUGCAACACAACCUGCUUCUCAGCAGCCGACACGUCACCGACAUCCUGCUCAAACAGAACGGUUACUUCUAUGUCUGCGGAGAUGCUAAGAACAUGGCUAAAGACGUGAACAACACUCUAAUGGAGAUGAUCCAGACCGAGCUGCAGGUGGACCAACUGGACGCUAUGAAGACGCUGGCAGGGCUGAGAGAGGAGAAGCGCUACUUACAGGACAUCUGGGGCUGACGGCAGAAGACCAGAUAUGGGCAUUUUGCAGCAUCCACUCGGCCUUUUUACAACUUAAAAAAUCAGCAUGCUCAGCUGUAACCUCUGAAACCAUAAAAUUGUGGAUACUAAAACCCGGAGGUAGUUUACGCCACCCAAAGAGAGCUAGAUGGAAUUCACCGCGCUGACCCGGGGAUAUCGGUUCACGACAUCAUCUUGGGCUUUGUUGUUUGAACACAAAUGAUCUUGCUCAGGACAAUAAUGCUGGAGAUUGGUCCUGCAGUGUGAAAAUGUUUUUUUGUGUAGACGAGCCUCUUCUGUUCGUCCUGUCUGAGGGAAAAGGCAUUUACUUCCAUCGGUAGUGAUGGAGUGAUUUUGAUGAGACUGGGGGCGCUCUGACCUAGACGGAAAACAACACUGCAAUCUGAACACACACACACACACACACACACACACAAAUACUUUGGCUCUCUUCGAAGGCGGUCGCAUUUUCUCUCCCUCUCCUCCCCAUGACCUUCCCUUCCCUGCUUGGCUUCUCUCGUCAUGUCUUGUCUUGUUUUAUACUUGAGAGACUCUCUCCUCAUCGCUCUUCGAACUAAAAACCAUGGACCGAUCAACUGAUCAUCUGAUCAACUGGUCUCUCAACGCAAUUGACACCGUCUUCUCGACGAGAAGCCUGGGUUCGGUGCAACCUGCCAGUCCUGCCGGGACGUUGCAGCUGGUUACACGAUGGGCGUGUCGUGUGCCUAGCAGCCCUUUCCGUGGAGGACGUAGAUGACAUCUACCUAUUCGGAACUAUGAUUACAGGAUUUCUGCUGUUUGGAUUUGGCGUUGCCCUGGUUUAUCGGAAAAUUAAGGAAACGGUGACAGCCGUUAAAAGCCCCCUAAGGCUGCCCGACGAAAUUGGAUCGAUUUGAAAAAUGGGAGGAAAGUGGUGGAAUAGUAGGUGCGCAAAUUGGAUGUAGCUGCUGGAAGACCAAACAAUCCCAAUCUUAUCUGCUUCGGCUCCCUCAACCAGA